CGGUGCAGUCGCAGGCCAGGUAGUUCGGUUGCACUCUCGCAUCAGGCCUGUGGCGGUGAGUGUCGGUGCCACCGGUGCUUCCGGAGCCCAGUGUGUUUCCCUGCGGUGCGCAACAAUGCGGCGCUGGAGAUAAAACUCCACCAGCGAUGUCAGAAACCAAAGCCUUCGCGCAACUUUAACCCGAGAAGAUGUCAGAUGUCAGCAAGACCGGCCAGAAAUGGCACGCGAGUUUUAGAAAGGGCACGGACUUUGAUUCGUGGGGGCAGCUGGUGGAAGCCAUCGAUGAAUAUCAAAUACUCGCAAGGCAACUUCAGAAAGAAGUGCAGUCAUCAAACUUGCAUGAUUUCACAGAGGAACAGAAGAAAACCCUGGGGAAGUUUGCAACAUGCCUUGAAAUGCGAAGUGCAGCCUUACAGUGCACACAAUCUCAAGAGGAGUUCAAGCUAGAAGAUCUGAAAAAACUGGAACCCAUUAUUAAGAACAUUCUGACUUACAACAAAGAUUUCCCUUUUGAUGUCCAACCAGUGCCUUUGAGGAAGAUUCUUGCACCGGGUGAGGAGGAAAACCUUGAUUUUGAGGAGGAUCUGGACGCUGGUACUGGAGCAGGUUCAACACCAUCAUUCCCUUCAAGGGUGCCAGGUACUCUGUUGCCACGGUUACCCUCGGAGCCGGGAAUGACUUUGCUCACGCUGGCGAUAGAGAAGAUCGGUCUGAAAGAUGCAGGACAGUGUAUCGACCCGUACAUCACAGUCAGUGUUAAAGAUUUGAACGGUAUAGACUUGAAUCCAGUUCAGGAGACUCCAGUGGCCACGCGGAAAGAGGACACGUAUAUUCAUUUUAGCGUGGAAGUGGAAAUCCAGAAACAUCUAGAAAAACUACCGAAAGGUACAGCUAUUUUCUUUGAAUUCAAACACUACAAACCCAAGAAAAGGUUCACCAGCACUAAGUGUUUUGCCUUCAUGGAAAUGGAUGAAAUCAAACCAGGUCCCAUUGUUAUAGAAUUGUACAAGAAACCAACUGACUUCAAGAGGAAAAAGCUCAACCUCCUGACGAAGAAACCACUUUACCUGCACCUUAACCAGACUUUGCACAAAGACUAAAUAAAGAUCAUACAGCCAAACACACAAAGGACAGGAGAGGGAUACACUCUGUGUGUCGACUCUCACAUUCCUUGCAAUAUCUGACUCUUUUAUUCAUAUCCUCAGUCGGAUGUCUCCAUCGCUCUUCAUCUGAAAGAGAGUUGAGCAUUUCAAAAACUGAAUGGUGUACAAAGAAAUGCUCUGUAUGA